AUGGCCUCCUCGAGGAUUGGCGCUGGGGAUUAUGUGCCGUCCUGCUCGACGCACUACCCGCCGCUGCAGUUCGGCGGAGGACCCGACGAUGCCGACAUCUUCGGCGAGGGCGGCGAAUCGGAGUCGCCUAACCAGCGACGCUUCCUGGACCUCGAUUCGACGGGCCUCCCCGUCGCCUGGGCAUCGCCGCCCGCGCUGCCGGUCCCGCCCAGGCAGCAGCCCCGCCGCCGCAGGCGCGGGCUGCGGUCUGCGGUGGUUGGCAUACGGCGUUGUCAUCCGGCGGGGCCGAUUGGCCUGCCGUGGACGCCGGCAGGCCCGCCACCGCCAACGCCGAUCCCAUCUGUGGCGCCGCCGGCCCCAGCCCUGCCCAGCGGCGCCCUUCUCCAUCUGGGGUAUGGCGAGGCGGUUCGGCAGGGUGGUGCCGUACCCGCCCGCGCCCGGCGCUGGUGCCAGCUCCGUGGGAGUACCCACACACGGCGCCGCCGCCGCCGCUGCCUUCGUCGUGGGUGCCGAGGUGGCCGGGUGGGCGGCCGUUCAACCUCCAGCCAGCGUCUGCGGCGAUGUUUGAUCCGCGGGCGGCGCUGGUUCAGCUGCGCCAGCCCGGGGUCACGCCAGGGGCCUCUCCCACCGACGUGGAACGCCGUCGCCGCCAUGUGGCCGCCGGCUUCCCGGCACUGGAUCGGCGUCGCUGUCAUUGAGCGGACGCCCGGCAGUAGCGUAGUGGGGAUCCACAAGUCGUCGCCGUCGUUUGUGCACGACCGGCGUCGCCUUGCAUGUGGCAGGGCAGCAUCGUCGCACGCCGUCAGGGGUCAGUUGACCUUUGUGCCGGCGCACGAGCUGCUCUGCCGUGUUUGUUUCCCCUGA